GCCUCCUGGUUCUUAAGGGGCCGUUUCACAGGGGACGAGACGAUGUGGACGUCCGCUCUGCUGCUGGUGCUUCUCACUGUAACUUCACAAACUUUGGCAAAGGCUAAAAAUCGCUUCACUCGCUACCCAUCAUGGAACGCUAAGAGGUACCCGAUCUGGAAAGCAGGUGACCCGAGAUAUGAAGACUCCUGGAAAGGUGGAAGGGUGAUCUUCAAUGUUAAGAAUGAUUCACCGACCCUGACUGGAGCCAAAGUCACGUUCACCAUCGAACUGGAGUUCCCCCACAACCAGGAAGUUCUGCCUGAUGGGAGCGUGGUCUGGGCUGAAGACUGUGUAGUCAAUGGAACAAAAUAUUUUAAGUCAGAACCAGUUUAUCCAWCAAAGGACGCAGACUGGGAAGCAGUUUUUCCAGAUGGGACACCAGUAAAGGAUGACAAGAAGCCGCCUUAUGUGUUUGUGUGGAAAACCUGGGGUCAGUACUGGCAGGUAGCGGACGGGCCCUGCUCCUCCCUGACCAUCAGUACGGAUGACAUCCCACUGGGCUCCUACUCCAUGGACAUCGUCAUCUAUCACUACCGCAGCAAAGAAAAGUUUAUUCCUCUGGGAUACGCUUCUACGCAGUUUUCCAUCACUGAUCAGAUCCCCUUCGCCGUCUCCCUGGACCAAGUCAACGACAUCGUGGCCGGAGACAUGCGCUUCGUGCAGAACCGAGCCAUCGCCUUCACCGUGACCCUCCAUGACCCCAGCCAGUACCUCGGCAACGCGGACAUCACCUUCAACUGGGACUUUGGCGAUGAAAGCGGGGCGCUCAUAUCCAGAGAGAUGACCGUCACUCACACAUACGUCAGCUCUGGAUCGUUCAAACCGCAGGUGGUCAUCCAGGCGGUCAUYCCCGAUAAGGCCUGCGACCCGCCAUCCGACAYCCCGACCUCCACCACCGGACCGGCUGCCGACCAGGCAACCACAGUGAAAGCUCCCGAUCUGGUCUCUGCUGUCCCCAUACUGGUCUCCACCAAACCAGCUCAUUUGAACAUCAACAUGGUUCCCUCAGACACUGAGGAGGACAACGCUGAGGGAGAAGCCUCCACUGCCUCCAUGGUUCAGGCCGUCCAGGAAGCCGCAGUAGCAAAGACUCCGCCCCCAAUAAACAAACUCCAAACAGGAAACAAGAUGGCGGCGAAUGGAAAGAGAACAGUGAGGCUGUCAGAGCGAGUUGCAGCCAUUGUUGUUGCUAAGAGGGAAGCAGACGAUAAACCAUCUGAUGAUGACUGUGUGAUAUACAGAUAUGGUUCCUUCUGUACUGGCAUUGAAGUGUUUGAGGGCAUUGAAAAAGUAGAGAUUGUGCAAAUGGAAAAUGUUCUCAUGACAACACCUCGAAAAGACACAAAUGUUUUAGACAUUACUGUGACCUGCCAAGGAAGUCAUCCCAAAGAGGUCUGCAGUGUGAUUCUGGACUCAGACUGCCUGAAGCCGAUUCGCAUGGCGUGCGACCUGGUGGAGCCCUCUAAGGAGUGCCAGCUGGUGUUGCGUCACUUCUUUAAUUCCUCUGGGGACUACUGCAUCAACGUUUCCAUGGCAAAUGAUGUCAGUUUAGCUGCUGCCACUGCCAGAUUCACAGUUGACUUGGGCUCWGGUCUGUCUUCCUCCGGCACCAUCGUCAUGCUGUUGGGUGUCCUGGUMCUCAUUCUCACAGUGGGAAUUGUUGGAUACUCCUACAAGCGUCUUAAACCAUACCAUCCUUUAAAGGAAGCUGYGUCUGAAGGCCCACAGCUCAGUGGGGUUCGCAGCAGCUCUGCAGCUUUGAUGCUCUGGAACUCCCUAAACAGACGAGGAGCCAUCGACAACAGCCMUCUGCUGCAGGACAGGCCCCUGUAAAUCCCCAGCAUCAGACAAAGAAAGCCCUUGGGAUACAUUUUAUACUUUUUUUUCUAAAUAAAGGCCUCAUAAAUAUGAAAUAAGUAGCGGUAAAUCAAGCAGUGCCUUUAAAUCAUUUUUUAGAUAUGCUGAUUCUUUUUUUACUUUCUUGAAACAAGUGUGARCAAAACCUCUUGGACUUGAACAAAACUGGAUUUUGAUGUUUUAAUUAAAUGUCUAAAAUGUU